GCAAUCAUAAUUAGUCUCCAUCAUUAGGCCCAAGAUGUAUAAAAACGUCUCAAAAUUCCGGAAAAAUCACAGUUGACAACAUGUUGAGAUUCUUAACGUUUGUUGUAAUCCUCGUGGUGGUUCAAAGUGUUAAAUUACCCCCAAAUUUUCGCAAAUGUAACCGCAGUCAGCCCAAUUUGAAGCAAUGUGUGUUGGAGGCGGCCCAACACGGGGUCUCCCAACUCACUAAACCGUUCCCACACCUGAAUAUUCCAAGCUUGGCCCCUUUGCUCGUCCCCGAAUUAAAUAUCAUCAAAGACGGCCAAGGGAAAGUAGCAGUGAACCAAUAUUUCACCGAUUGCAAAUUUUACGGCUUCAAUAACAUCAAAUUCGACCAAUUUGAAUUUGACUUUGAUAAGAAAACUCUCCAAGUCAAGGGAGUGUUCCCGGACAUAACAAAAAGUUGCCACUAUAAAAUGGACGGAAAAAUCCUGCUGUUGCCUGUGAAAGGUGAAGGCCCGAGUACAGCAGUCUUGAAAAAUGUGAAAACGGUGUGUCGUUUACACUACGAUGAGGUCAAAAAUAAUGGAAAAACCUACAUGAAGUUCACUAAAAGUGAACUGGAUAUUGAGCCAGAUUUUGUAAGCUUCAAUUUUGAAAAUCUCUUCAAUGGUGACAAGGCUUUGGGCGAUAAUGUGAACAAAGUACUCAACGAAAACUGGCGAGAUGUCUUCCAUGAUGUCAAGGAUGAUCACAUUCAAGUCGUCAAUAAAAUUCUCUUGAGUUUGAUGAACAACUUCUUCGCCAAAGUCUCAAUUGAAGAGGCUUUCGAUUAAAUGGUUCUGUGGCUUGUGGCAAAUAAAUCCCGAACAUUA